CCUGCCAACUGACUACUGUACCUUGUUACCCCCCCUUCAACCAGAAUACAUUACAGAGCAUCUCCCCCUUCCUCUAACACUUCAAGCAGCCAUCUCCGGCGAGCCCAAAGAUCUGACGUGCUAGCAUCCCUCCCUGUUCGUCGGCGUCGUCAAGCCAAGCUGUUGAUUCCAGCGGCGCAACACGGCUAUGGAGGUGGCCGUCAGCGCAGCAUGGUGGGUGGUCACCAAGGCGCUGGCACCGGUCACCGACGGCCUGCUGGAGGCGUGGGCGGCCAGUGCCGGGCUCGGCCCCAACAUUGAUGCCCUCAAGAUGCAGCUGCUCUACGCCCAGGGGAUGCUCAACAACGCCCCGGGGCAGGGCAGGGACAUCACCAACCCUGCGCUCAAGGGGUUGCUGCACAAGCUGCGGCAGCUGGCCUACGUCGCUGAUGAUGCGCUCAACGAGCUGGACUACUUCCGCAUCCAGGAUGCGCUCGACGGCACCUACCACGCAGCAGCAAGCAUGGAUGACCGGUGCUGCCUCCAGGGCCUCGUCCUCAACGCUCGCCACACGGCCAGAGCUGUUGCCGGGAAGAUCAAGUCCAUGUGCUCCUGCUCGCGUGCUGCUAGCCCACUUGAUGACCAAGAAGAUAAUGGUGGCAGCCGUGGAUGCUUAUGUGUUGGGGGAUGCAGCAUGCCCAAGGUUGCCUGUGGUGCUGUUCAAGCUGCUGUUGGUAAACACUUCCCAUGCUGCUACUCUUCUCCUCAUACCAGUGAGUCGGCUGCAUCACCUAACAUGCCGGCUGCAACCGGAUGGCGACUCCUCUGUGGCGCCUGCCCACACAAGGCACGGACACAGAGAGUUCGCACCAUAGAGGAAACACCAAAACUGAAGUUUGAUAGGGUGGAAAUGUCCAAGAGAAUGAUAGACAUCAUAGAACAGCUGAAGCAUGUAUGUUCUAUGGUCUCCACCAUUCUCAAUCUGGAGCUACUAAGCUUAAGCCGUAUCCCAACCCAAGUUGGUCUUGCUAUGGAUCGGCCGAAAACCACCCCGCAAAUUAUAGAGCCUCAGCUAUAUGGAAGGGAUACCCAGAAAAAGGAAAUCAUAGACGGCAUCACUCAGGGUGAAUAUUCUUCCAAACAACUUACAGUCCUUCCAAUUGUUGGGCCGGGGGGUGUUGGGAAGACAACCUUUACACAACACAUAUUUGAAGAAGUGAAGAGCUGUUUCCAGGUUACCAUUUGGAUAUGUGUCUCUCUCAACUUCUCUGCAGAUAGGUUGGCACAAGAGAUUUUGGAACAAAUCCCUGCAGAUAACAGCAGUGAAAGCAAGAAAGGUAGCAAAGAAGAGCAAAUUGAACAAAGGUUAAGAUCAAAGAGGUUCUUACUUGUCUUGGAUGAUGUGUGGAAAUAUUAUGAUGAUGAGUGGAAAAAACUAGUAGCUCCGUUCAAAAAGGCGGGGACAGAAGGCAAUAUGGUUAUAGUCACAACUCGAAUUCCAGGGGUAGCAGACAUGGUCAGGACAGUUGACCAUUCUAUAGAAAUGGAACGUCUUGGUACUCAAGAUAUGAUGUCUUUCUUUGAAGCAUGUGUAUUUGGUGACCAACAACAGCCAUGGCAAGACCAUCCUGAAUUACAAGAUGUUGGGCACAAAAUAGUGUUAAAAUUGAAGGGUUUUCCUCUUGCUGCAAAAACUGUGGGUAGAUUGCUCAGAAACCAGCUCACAUUUGACCAUUGGACAAGAGCUUUGGAAAGUAAAGAGUGGGAGUCACAAGCUAGCGAUAAUGACAUUAUGCCAGCCCUCAAGCUUAGCUAUGAUUAUCUCCCUUUCCAUUUGCAACAGUGUCUUUCUUACUGUGCAUUGUUUCCUGAAGAUUAUGAAUUUCGUGCAGAAGAGUUGGUUCAUUUGUGGAUUGGACUUGGUAUUUUACACUCAGAUGGUCAAAAGAAAAGAAUUGAAGAUGUUGGAUUAUGUUACUUAACUGACUUGGUUAAUCAAGGGUUUUUCAAAAAGAAUGUACCGAGAUUUGGCAAUCCUUAUUACACCAUCCAUGAUCUACUACUUGAGUUGGUAGUGAAGGUCUCAUCAUAUGAGUGUCUUAGCAUAUCCAGCUCUAAUGUGAUGUCCAUACAAAUUCCC